GAGGAGGCGUCCUUUUCCUUUGCUGACCUGGCUGAGCCGUCAGCUGUUGAACCACGUCUGCCAGACUUGGGCCAAAGUUUCUCUUUUGGUCAUCCGUCUCCUCUCACUGAUGGCUCCUAGCGCGCAGCUCAAAGAGGCGAUGGCCGACGUGCACGAGGGCAUCCGGGCCAUCCUGCUCGGGCCGCCCGGUGCCGGCAAGGGGACCCAGGCCUCUCGACUAGCCGACCGCUACUGUGUAUGUCACCUUUCCACCGGGGACAUGUUGAGGGCCAUGGUAGCAUCAGGCUCGGAGUUGGGCAAAAAGCUCCAGCAGACGAUGGACGCCGGAAAGCUGGUGAGCGACGAGAUGGUGGUGGAACUCAUUGAGAACAACCUGGACACACCUCGCUGCAAGAAAGGCUUCCUAUUGGACGGAUUCCCCCGCACGGUGAAGCAAGCUGAGCUGCUGGAUGAGCUGCUGGACAAGCGGCACGAGCGACUGGACUCGGUCGUUGAGUUUUCCGUUGACGAUUCGCUGCUAGUGCGCAGGAUCUGUGGCAGAUUGAUACAUCAGCCCAGCGGCCGCUCCUACCACGAGGAGUUCAACCCACCCAAAGAGCCCAUGAAAGAUGACGUGACCGGCGAGCCCCUGAUCCGCCGCAGUGACGACAACGAGACAACCCUGCGCUCUCGGCUGGACGCGUACCACCGCCAGACGGCGCCUCUGGUCCAGUACUACAGCGCCAGGGGUAUCCACAGCAACGUGGAUGCCGCCAAGAGCCCCGACGUGGUCUUCGCCUCCAUUGUGGCCGCGUUCACCUGCGCCAGACGGGCCUCGCCGGCCCGCGCCUCCUCCUCCGCUUGAAUCCCGGGGAUGCGCUCACAUCAAGGACUGCAGGAAUGCUGUGAGAGACAGACGGAUGGGCUGGUGGUUGGUUUGUUUGACUGGAUGAAAGAGUAGAACUCCACACGGUGAUGGGGCUUUGAUGCCGGGCUUCAAAUUGUGGCGCAUUUUCAGAGCAAGGCACGCAUCUUCUUGAUCAUUCCCCGUUCUUGGUCUUCCAAUAAACCUCAGCUUUUUUCUAUCA